CUUUUCCGGCUGCCGCUAGAAGCCCGCGGUUUACAAAAGCUACUGCUGGACGAAGUGAAACAGUUUACACAUAAAAUCUUCUUUUUUAACCUUCGCCAAACUGCUGGAGUGGUGUCAAAGUUGUGCUAACGCCACGGUAACGUACCCUCGGACUAAAGUCGUUGAAAUUGCACCGGAAACACUGCAAUUUACGAACCAAACAUCGCUCGACUUUGGUUUUGUUUGUAGCGGCAGUAACGCUUACGUUAGCUGAUGGCUAGUUAGCCACACAGCGCAGUGACGGUAACGUUACCUUGUCAACAAAGCGUCAACUGAAGCUGCUGCUCCCUUGUAGGAAACAGGCCGCACAGUUUCUUUCUACGGGUCAUUGUCAAUACCAGCUGGAUAAACAACAACAAUGUCGCUGUCGACCGAGGCUCGUUUUGGGGGGAGCCAAAGCUACAAUAGAGUUAAAGGAGACACUAUUUGUGUGGUGCCCGACCUCACCUGUGACCUCCUGGAGGAUGACUUCGACCUGAAUAGGUCCUACCCGUGUACUCGGAGGCCGCUGUACAAGAAGAGCCUCUGGGCUCGGCAGCGUCGUUAUUAUCCUGGCUCCUCGAGCAGUGAAAGUUGGGGUGUUUGCACUUCUGUCGCAGCAAGAAACCUUCAGAUCUCGAGCUUACACCAUGGCUCCAAAGUCUCAGCUGAUUCCCUGCCUCAUCCACCCACUAUGUCAGAGACAGAGGAACGCUUGUUCAGUCAGCUCAUCUCUGAAGACUCUGGCCUGUCUGGAUCUCCUUCUACCCUCAACCCAAACAAAGCUGUUCUUACGGUCGACCAUAAAACCAAAGAGAUUUUGUCAGCAAAUGAACAGGCCUGCAAACUGCUCGAGUGCACCACCGGUGAGCUGAUUGGAAAAAAGCUGCUGUCCAUCUUGAAGAAAACCAGUCAGGUCCUGGAAGAAGCAUUGGAAGAAGAUUUUCCUCUCAUGGAUGGAACUGUUGCGGCUGUGUCUGGAAAAGUGGUGGAUGUUGUGACAUUAUCUGGAGAGAUGCCAGUGUCGGUGUGUACCCACAGAAGGUCACAAAAUGAAGAGCACUGGCUUGUCAUGAUGGAAAGUGUGGAAAGAGUCUCUGCCUUUCUCUCCUUUACACAAGAUGGUAGUAUCAUAACCUGUGACUUGGCGUUUGCCCUUCUUCAUGGAUACCAACAUCCUGACGAGUUAAAAGGGGCGUCUGUGAAGGAGCUAAUCCCCUCUUUACAAAUCCCCCUGCACAGUAAUGCGUUGCCCAAAACGCUGAGGAUUCAGAGAGUGUGUGGUAAAAGCAGAGCGGGUGCAUCCGUCCCACUGUGUGUCAAGCUUCGGGGAGCAGUGGUGUGUGGGAGGCCCCGACAUCACAACAAUGGGACUGGUUCCACCGGUCCAACAGCGACUGGUGAAAGAUCCAAUGCACAGGAAAGCCGUCCGCUCACCUCCUCUGUGUGCAAGUCAAACGGCUUAAACCCUGAAGAGCCGUCCUCUGACGUGAAAGCGGACAGCGUUGUCCUCUCCCCCAGCCCUGCGCUGGAGUACUCCGGAACAGUUUGGGUGUUUGCUCCUCUGAGCGGUCUCCUCCUGCUCCACCCUGAUGGCUCAAUCUGCCACAUCCACAACCACCUGGCUCUCAGCCUGUUCGGCUACGACGAGGACGAGCUGCUGAGCAAGAGUGUCACUUUUCUGAUGCCUGGUUUCUAUGGAUGGAUGUCUGACACAGACAGAAAGGCCAGCAGCCCCUUCUCUGAGUCUCAAGCGGAGGUUAAUAAAAGCACAGCCUUCUCCAAACUGUCAGGGAAAUAUGACCCGUCCUCACUGGUGGCGGGUGAUAUGGCCAUGGUGCAUCAGGCUGUUCUGGGAAUAACCUCCACAGGGAGAGGCAAAAUCUUCACUGGAACCGCUGCCCGGCUGGAGAAACCGGGCAGCGGUUUGUUGACACUUUCUCCUCCGGUUGUCACUUCCACAAGAGUGGUUAUGGCUGAUGACACUGCGGAGCUGAUGGGGGAGGCAGCAGCCCGGGUCACUCUCUGCACCAGCCGUCUAGACGGAGCUGAUUCCACUGAGGCACUGCUCAGGACGUUCGCCUUGGUGGAACCUCCACAAAACGAGACCUACUGCCUGGUUCCCUCCGGACCACCACACCAGAACCAAGACCAGCAGCAGCUCGGUGAUGAAGUUCAUAGAAAUAAUCAACCUGCCAUCAGGAUUAUCUCAGACACUCCCAGUCGGAAUGGACCAGCUGUUGGCGGCACCUCUCCUGACGGAGGCAAAGCCCACCGCACAUGUGGCUCGGUCCUCCAACACACCAGCUUUGAGGUCAUUUCACUGGAGAGCAGGUCGUCCUCUGGCUUCUGUGAAAAGUUCGCUGGCCAUGGUGGUUCUGAUCCAGGCCCGGUGGACGAUUCUCGUUCAGCACACAUAGUAGACUCGGCCAGCUGUUACCUCGACGUUAACAGCGACGGUGAAGUGGUGACCCGGGCCCUAGCCGACCUCGAUCUGAGCAGUAGUAUGGAGCUUCUCAGUGGCGGAGGGUACAUUGAUGAUAACCAACACUCCAUGACGUCCUGCGAUACAGCCGAGCUGCUGCGCACGCCCUCCCCGUGCGUGGUCGGGUCCGACCAGGAAGCUGAGACGGGGAACACUAGUGUCGAGGCCAGAAGUGAAGAGCGAGUAGAAAACAGCCACGGCGAGCAGGAUCAGUGGGCGGCUCUUUCUACAAUUCACAAAGAAAAGAGUCAAGAGUUCGGCAUGCCGGUGAACGGCGGGAUUCAGUCAAUGGCGGACAUUCCUGCAACAUCUACUCCUAAGAGACAGAAGGUGAAUGGACACACCUCGUCCUCAGACGCUACACAGAUGCAGGAGGGGCGAUACGAAGGAAUCGCGUACCACAGAGACGGCACGAGAGUCGAUGUGCAGUGUGAUGUGUGCAGGACUAACCUCCCUGAUGGAAGCUCCAUGUUCUGUGUGUGGAUGUGUAGGCCUGGCCAGCAGGGGGCACUAUUGCAUACAGAUCGACUGCUGCACGACCAGUCAGGAGCCAGUCUAGGAGAGAGGAUUGGUGAGGCCAGUCAUGGGGAGGUGUUGCGCUCCACCAUGGAUCUGGAGCAGUCUCGAGCCUGUGACGGGCAGUUUGAAGAAGAGUACCAGCCUCUUAAAGCUGUCGGUAAAGGAGCCUUUGGUUUUGUCUGGAAAGCAGUAAGGCGCUCUGAUGGAACAGAUGUGAUAGUGAAGUUCAUUAGCAAGGCCAGGAUUAUAAGCGACUGCUGGGUAGAUGAUCCCAUGCUGGGACCAGUCAGCCAGGAGAUUGCCAUACUGACACGAGUACAGCACCACAACAUAGUCAGGGUGCUGGAGGUGUUUGAGAAUGGCAGUUACUUCCAGAUGGUGAUGGAGAAACAUGGAGAUGGCUUAGACCUUUUUGAGUUCAUAAACAUGGAGCCGAGGCUGGAUGAGCCCCUGGCCAGCUACAUCUUUAGACAGCUGGUGGCCGCUGUCUUCUAUUUGAGGACUAAAAACAUCCUUCACAGGGACAUAAAAGAUGAGAACAUCAUCAUUGACAAAUGUUUCCACAUGCGACUGAUAGACUUUGGCUCUGCUGCCAUGAUGGCUCCCAGGAAGCUCUUUUACACUUUCUGUGGCACACUGGAGUUCUGCUCCCCGGAGGUGCUUCAGGGAAAUCCCUAUGAGGGUCCAGAGCUGGAGAUGUGGUCUCUUGGUGUGUUGCUCUACACGCUGCUGUUCGGUGAGAACCCUUUCUGUGGCGUUGAGGAGAUCCUGAAUGCCGAACUGAAGCCCCCGUUCCCCCUCUCUCCAGACCUGCACGGUGUGUUGCGUGAGCUGCUGCACCCUGAUCCCGCUCAGAGAAUGACUCUGGACCAGCUGCUGCUGCAGUCCUGGAUCAGCCAGCCCAUUUCACUGGCAGAGUACAGCUGGACAGAGGUGGUGCCUGCCACUCAGAGCUACUACUCACCACAGCACCUGGAGCCCAUUCCUAAAGUGUUCAUCUCGCAUGGCUUGUUCCCAGAUGAACAUGACGAGACUCUUCCCGAUGAUGAGGAGGAGGAUGAAGAUGACAGGUUGUCAAUGGUGGCCCUGGAAACAGAGCUUCAGAAGUACCUCCAUGAGGAUUAAAGAGUGAAUUUGGGCCCAGCCAUCCGUCCAACAUUUAGUGUGCAGCAGAACAAAAGGGACAUGAAGUUCAAAGUAAGAAAAAGGGAGCUCGUCUUAGUCCAAGGCCAUAAUCAAACACUACCGUCUAACUACCGUUCAUCAUGAUUUCCUUUUUAGAUUGUGUGUUAUAUGUAUUUUAUUUAUUCUUUGGACUUAAUCAUUGUAAUUGUAACAGGGAUCCAGCUUUGCCACCAAAACCCAGAAGCGACCACAACCGUGAGUUGUUUAACUCAGAGAAUUUAGUUUGGUUGAAGGGAACAGUUUUAUCAAUCCGGCUUUUCUAUUUUGGGUUCAUGAUUUUAAUCUUGAGUGUUUUUAAUUAAGAAUUGUAAGUAUAUUUACAAUAUUUUAUCUAUUUAUUUUUAUACAUAAAGAAAUAUUUGACCACACCUGUUUGUUUCUUUGAGGAAUUGCAUGUUGAUCAGAACUGUAGAAGGUUUGUCACGCAAACAUUGUAAAUGUAUUUGAAUUUUAUAUUCACACAGUAAAUCAUUAAAUGUAAGCGCAAUAAAAAAAUUCAAAUUGCAGAUUCUAACAUGGUGAUGUAUCGGAUACUUUUGGCAGCAGCUGCUUGGUGUGACUGAUGCCAACUGCAGAUAUCCAAAAUAAAAGCUCAAUUGGAUUAAAUUUUUCAGACCU